AUGCAGGAGUGGGGAGCCGCUAGUGCUGCCCGGCAUGGCAGAGCACACAGGCGGGUCGGUGCGAGCACUUUAGCGCUGUCUGUUUACACGCGAGCCAAUCACCGACCUGAGCCUGCCGUCCACCGGCAGCACGGGCGCACCUCCUUCCCCAGGUGGGAGUCAGGCCGAGUCCUUGGCCUGUCUCGCCCUUGGCACCUCCAUGUCCUCCGGCCCAGCACUCUGACCCUGAGCCCAGCUCUGGCCCGAGGGCGGCCGGGGCACGGAAUGGAACCCUGCUCUGUGCAGAGGCGCCCCCGGGGGCCCCUCUGCAGUCCUGGGGCCAGGGGGCUGGGCCAGAACGCCUGCCUGCCUGGACUCUGCUGCUACUGCCUGCUGCCCUGGGUUGCCUCCCUCGUUCUCGCCCGCACGCCUCUCAGGAGCGCCAGGGAUGGCUCGGCCACGGUCCGGAGCCUGGCCUCUCCAUAUACCUCGAGCUUGCCCACACUCCUUGACCCCGGCCCGGCCCGGCCCACGGGAGAGGCCCACCACCCCUGCUGUGCCCUCGCUGAGCGAGCCCUGCCUGGCUCUCCCCCCAGUGCUGGAGCUGAGGGCUCACGCCGUUGGUGCUACACAAGCUAG